AUGUCGAAACGUCCAGCUGAAGAUGAGAACAUGGAUCUGUCCUUGAAGGCAGGAGAGAGGCCAGAAAAGCCAGAAUUGGAUGAUGGGGUGGGAGAGUUCGAAGACGAAUUCGAAGAUGAAUAUGAGAGCGAAGAUGAGAUUUUGGAGGCAGGUGUUGAUGGAAGACCUGACGCCGAGAGAGAGGCUGAAGAAGCAGAGGCCAUGGAAGUCGAUCAACAAACUUUCAUAGUUGGUAGGAAUAAACUGGAACCAGGACAGACAUUAUCCCCUGAUCUUACUACAUACGAAAUGCUUCACGCUCUUAGUACCCCUUGGCCUUGUCUUUCUUUCGAUAUACUUAAGGAUGGUUUGGGCGACAAUCGAAAAACAUACCCUGCUACUAUGUAUGCAGUUGCAGGAACACAAGCUGAACAUAAACGGGAAAAGGAAAAUCAAUUGAUGGUUAUGAAGUUUAGUGGAUUGAGUAGAAUGGAGAGAGAACAGGGUGAAGACGAAUCUGAUGAAGAUGAAGAUGAAGACUCGGAUCCUAUCCUUGAAUCGGCUUCGAUACCUCUCACUGCUACAACAAACAGAAUACGUUCGCAUCAAAUACCCGCUUCAGACUCUUCGCGGCCUCCAACUACCCUUACCGCUUCAAUGAGCGAAUCUGGCCAGGUUCUCAUUCACGAUAUUACUCCUCAUCUAUCCUCUUUUGAUACCCCAGGCACUGUUAUCACUCCGCAACAAAAUAAAGCUUUAGCUACUCUUAAAAUGCACAAAUCGGAAGGCUAUGCCGUUGAUUGGUCGCCUUUGAUAUCUACUGGAAAGUUGGUGACAGGAGAUAACGAUGGCAAAAUUUACGUCUCUACAAGAACUGCUGGGGAGAGUUGGUCAGCCGAUGCACGCCCAUUCACAGGCCAUACUGGAAGUAUCGAGGAAUUGCAAUGGAGUCCUUCGGAAAAGAACGUUUUCGCAUCCGCGUCCAGCGAUGGAACAAUCAAAGUCUGGGACAUCCGAAGUAAAUCUCGAACCGCAGCACUUACAGUUCAGGUUUCCGAAACAGAUGUAAACGUCAUGUCCUGGUCACACCAAACUUCUCAUCUUCUUGCCUCCGGCGCCGACGACGGAGUCUGGGCAGUUUGGGAUCUACGAAAUUGGAAAGCUUCAAAGACUUCUGAACCGUCUAAACCGUCUCCAGUCGCUUCUUUCAAUUUCCACAAAGAGCAAAUUACAAGUGUAGAAUGGCAUCCUACUGAUGACAGCAUUGUUGCGGUUGCAGCUGGUGAUGACACACUAACGCUGUGGGAUUUGGCAGUCGAGUUGGAUGAUGAGGAAAGUAAGGACACUGGUGGAGUUAAUGACGUUCCUCCACAAUUGCUAUUUGUGCAUUAUAUGGCGAAGGUUAAGGAGUGUCAUUGGCAUCCACAGAUUCCAGGAGCACUUGUGGGAACUGGAGAGAACUUCAACGUUUUUAAGACGAUUAGUGUUUAA